GUAAUGUUCACGCUAAUAAUGAGCUAAUGGAACAGUUGGGACAGCUGCAAGAUAAAGUAUCAAAAUUACGCCAACUUUUAAAAGUUGCCACUUUAAAAAUAUUAGAGGAGCGAUCCAGUCUACCAGCUAACUUGGAAGAUAUGAGUGUGGCUGAAUAUUCUGAGCUGUUAUCAAGAGAGCCACAGAGAAUGAGGGAGGAAAUGACUGAGCUGAGACAAGAGUUUGAUAGCUAUAAGCAAAAGGCACAGCUUGUGCUGAAAACAAAGAAUAAUAAAGAGCAUGAAUCCAAUAAAGAGUUUUACGAGUUGCAGGAGAAAUAUGAGACAACUCUUGAAACUGUGGAGAGACUCGAGAGAGAGAAAGAGAAAGCGAAAGAGGAACACUCGCUGGCUCUUCAGAAACUAAGAGCUAACCUCAGACAACAAGCAGAGAAACACUCUCAGGAAAUGCUACAAGCAGAACUGGAGCAUAAGCAAAAGCUGCAAGAGUUACAGCAACACAUUCAGUCAACGAGAGAGAGGACAAGAUGUCUGCUGGAGGAAAAAGAGAAGGAAUUGUCAACACUUCGUAAAUCAUUAGGAACAGAAAGGGGCGUGGCAGGAGGUGGAGUCAUGCUGUCUCGGUCUACUAGUCAUAAUUCAAGCAGCAGCAAUGAAGAGAAUGAGAGAUUGAGAGAAGAUUUAUCAUUGACCAAAAGAGAAGAAAGGAACUCAAUUAGAGUGGGCGGAGUAAGAGGAGGAGCUUUAUUUAGUAGCAAUAUAGUACAAGAACUAACGGAACAAUCAUUUCCAGUUAAUAAUGACGUACAGUUGUAUUUGCAUCAUCAAGAAAAAGAACGGAUUACUGAAGAACUUUUGUCACUAAGAUCUCGUAAGUUAGAACUGGAAGAUUCUAUGAGAGACCUAACUGAAAGGGAGCAGAGGCACUUGGAGCAGAACAUGCUCUUGAAGGAAGAGAUAAGGAAAUUAGAAAGAGACAGGUCAAGAGAAACAGAAAAUUUAGAGUAUUUAAAAAACGUCAUAUUUCACUACAUGUGCUCAGACAGUGGACAGGAACAACUCAUCGUUCCCAUAGCAACAAUACUUCAUUUCACGCCAAACGAGAUUAGAACUGUGAAGAGAAGACUCUCUGGUAGACCAUGGCUGCUCAAUUAUCCGUAUAAUAAAUAAAUUUGACAAUUUUGUAAUAAAUCCAAAUCAUACUAAUGAAUAUUGAUAUUAAAAAUGAA